AUGGCCACUGUCCUCAGAACCCCCACUUUCCGGCCACCGCCUCCGCCAUGCCCCGCCAAAUCGCCGAAACCCUUGCGCGUCGCCGUUGCGUUGUUCAGACAGAGCACAACCUGCAGAAGAAAACCCUCGCUCCUCUCCUCUCUGCGCUUCCAUACUGUUCCCGCUCUGCGGUUCGUCAGGUUCGUUCCGUUCGCUUUCGACGGCGACACCGAGGCCCCGCAGGUUCAGGAGCCGGAGAUUCAGGUUCUGGACUCUUCAGAUGGUGGUAUUGAUGUAAAGGACAGUGCAAGUGAUAAUGAGGUUAGUGAUGCUGAAGAAAUAACUGCUUCACCUUUCGAAUUGUUACUUCAAUCAUACAAAGAAGCAUUAGCCAAUAAAGAUGAAGCCAAAAUCGCUGAGUUGGAAUUAUCAUUAAAAUCCAUUGAAGAUGAGCAAAUAGAACUUGAAGGGAAAAUAGCUGCUUUAUCUGAAGAGUUGUCAGUAGAAAAGGAUCGGAUUCUAAGGAUUAGUGCAGACUUUGACAAUUUUCGGAAGAGGACAGAGAGAGAUCGCCUUUCACUAGUGACAAAUGCUCAGGGUGAAGUGGUGGAGAGUUUAUUGCCUGUUUUGGAUAAUUUUGAGAGAGCAAAAACCCAGAUUAAGGUGGAGACAGAGGGAGAAGAGAAAAUAAACAAUAGUUAUCAGAGCAUAUAUAAACAGUUCAUUGAAAUUCUAACUUCACUUGGAGUUGAACCAGUGGAGACAGUUGGAACACCCUUUGAUCCUUUGCUACAUGAAGCAAUUAUGCGUGAGGAUUCUGCUGAAUUUGAGGAUGGCAUCAUAAUUCAAGAAUUCAGAAAGGGUUUUAAACUUGGUGACCGUCUCUUGCGUCCAUCAAUGGUGAAGGUAUCAGCUGGUCCUGGACCUGCAAAGCCUGAACAAGAAGCACCCCAAGAAGUUAAAACUGAAAUCUCCGAGGACAGUAAAGAGAAUGAGGGUGGGACAGAAGCAGAGUCUGCUUGA